GUCGUGGUUGCUGAGGCGAGCAAAGCCGCUGAAGGCAAAUGUGGUGAAGGCAAAUGUGGCGGCAGCAAAGCAGCGGCUUCUACAACUAAAGCGGCUGAGGGCAAAUGCGGUGAAGGCAAAUGUGGCAGCUCCCACAAAGCCGCCGAAGGCAAGUGCGGUGAGGGUAAAUGCGGUGGCACUAAAGCAGCUGCCUCCAGCACAAAAGCCUCCGAAGGCAAGUGCGGCGGGGUA